CGCUGCAGCAAGGAGCGAGCGCCACGCCACCCAGAAGCAAGAAGACCAGCCAUUUGUUUGGGACAGAAAGAAAAGGCUUGUGAGAGCUCAGAGCGCGCGGGCGGCCCGAGCCUUGGAGGCGGCGGCGGCGGCGACGGCGGUAGCGGCGGCGGCGCUGACACCUCCCACCAUGGACAGCUUCGACUUAGCCCUGCUCCAGGAAUGGGACCUCGAGUCGCUGUGGGGUGAAGACAUCUUAAGCCAGAGGAACGAUUCCCUAGUUGUGGAAUUUCAGUCAUCAGCCAGCAGAUGCAGGAGUGUCUAUGAGCCAGACAGGAACGCCUUACGGAGGAAAGAACGAGAAAGAAGAAAUCAGGAGGCUCAGCAGGAUGGGGGCACGUUUAAUUCCAGUUACUCCCUCUUCAGCGAACCCUACAAGACUAACAAGGGGGAUGAGCUCUCCAACCGGAUCCAGAACACUUUAGGCAAUUAUGAUGAAAUGAAAGACUUUUUAACUGAUAGAUCCAAUCAGAGUCACCUCGUUGGCGUCCCCAAACCGGGGGUUCCUCAGACUCCUGUGAACAAGAUCGAUGAACAUUUUGUUGCAGAUUCAAGAGCCCAGACCCAGCCCUCAUCUGUCUGUAGCACAGCCUCUUCCACUCCAGCCGCUGGCCCUGUACAACAGAGUAAAAGGGGCACCAUGGGCUGGCAGAAGGCUGGGCACCCACCGUCCGAUGGCCAACCGCGGGCAGCACAACAGGGCUCUCUCAGGACCUUGCUUGGAGAUGGUGUUGGCAGGCAGCCGCGGGCCAAACAAGUGUGCAACGUAGAGGUGGGACUGCAGACCCAGGAGAGGCCACCCGCCAUGGCAGCCAAGCACGGCAGUGGUGGGCACUGUGUUCAGAACUUCCCUCCUGCCCUGGCUUCAAAGCCCAGCCUGGUCCAGCAAAAGCCGACCGCGUAUGUGAGACCGAUGGAUGGCCAGGAUCAGGCUCCCGACGAGUCUCCGAAGCUUAAGUCAUCUACAGAGGCUGGCGUGCACUGUGCAACGUUCCGAGGAGGCCCAGCCAGCAAGCCAGAGUCGGCCAGAGCCAAAGCCAAGCUCUCCAAGUUCAGCAUCCCCAAGCAAGGAGAGGAGAGUCGAUCUGGAGAAAGCAACAGCUGUGUCGAAGAAAUAAUCCGGGAGAUGACCUGGCUUCCACCACUGUCUGCUGUUCAAGCACCCGGCAAAGUGGAACCAAGCAAAUUUCCAUUUCCAAAUAAGGACUCUCAGCUUGUAUCCUCUGGACACAAUAAUCCAAAGAAAGGUGAUGCUGAGCCGGAGAGUCCAGACAAUGGCACUUCGAAUACAUCAAUGCUGGAAGAUGACCUUAAGCUAAGUAGCGAUGAAGAGGAGGGUGAACAGCAGGCAACCCAGAGAACAGCUCUCCGCGCUCUGCCUGACAGCGCCGGGGUCCAGCAGACCAACUGCAGAACCUCCGUGCCUUCCAGCAAGGGCAGCAGCAGCGGAAGCAGCAGCAGCAGCAGCAGCUCCUCCAGCGACUCCGAGAGCAGCUCGGGAUCCGACUCGGAGACCGAGAGCAGCUCCAGCGAGGGAGAGGGCGGCAAGCCCCCGCACUUCUCCAGCCCCGAGGCUGAGCCGGCAUCCUCUAACAAGUGGCAGCUGGACAAAUGGCUCAACAAAGUUAAUCCCCACAAGCCUCCUAUUCUGAUCCAAAAUGAAAACCACGGGCCCGAGAGCAAUCAAUACUACACCCCUGUGAAAGAUGAAGUGCAGGACUGCGGGAAGCUUCCCGACGUCUGCCAAACCAGCCUGCGGGAGAAGGAACUCAAGAGUGCCUGCAAGGAGGAGCAGAGGCCGAGGACCGCCAACAAGGCCCCGGGCAGCAAAGGGGUGAAGCAGAAGUCCCCGCCCGCGGCCGUGGCCGUGGCCGUGAGCGCCGCCGCCCCGCCGCCCGCGGUGCCCGGCGCCCCUGCGGAGAGCGCCCCCGCGCCGGCCCGGAGGUCGGCGGGCAAGAAGCCCACCAGGCGCACCGAGAGGACCUCAGCCGGGGACGGCGCCAACUGCCACCGGCCCGAGGAGCCCGCGGCGGCGGACGCGCUGGGGGCCAGCGUGGUGGUGCCCCCGGAGCCCGCCAAAAGCAGGCCCUGCGGCAACAGCAGAACGAGCCACCGCAAGGAGCUGCGCUCCUCGGUGACCUGCGAGAAGCGGCGCACGCGGGGUCUGGGCCGGAUCGUCCCCAAAUCCAAGGAAUUUAUCGAGACAGAAUCGUCAUCUUCAUCAUCCUCCUCGGACUCGGACCUGGAGUCGGAGCAGGAGGAGUACCCUCUGUCCAAAGGCCAGGCAGUGGCCGCCGCCUCCUCUGGGAGUGACCAGAGACUCAAGGAGGCCGCCAACAGCGUCAGCAGCGGCAGCGGCCCCCGUGCGGCCGUAGGCUCCAUCAACGCCAGGACCACCAGUGACAUCGCCAAGGAGCUGGAGGAGCAGUUCUACACCCUGGUCCCCUUCGGCAGGAACGAACUUCUCUCUCCCUUGAAGGACAGUGAUGAGGUCAGGUCACUCUGGGUCAAAAUUGACCUGACCCUCCUGUCCAGGAUCCCAGAACACCUGCCCCAGGAGCCUGGAGUCUUGAGUGCUCCUGCGGCCAAGGACGCAGACAGCGCUCCGCCCAGCCACGCUCUGGACACGCCCACCGAGAAGACUUUGCCAAAAUCCAAGAGGAAACGCAAGUGCGACAACGAAGAUGACUACAGGGAGAUGAAGAAGGCCCAGGGGGAGAAAGAGAGCUCUACUCGACUAGCCAACUCCGCCAAUAGUACUCUGUCUUCAAACCACUGCAGCAUGAACAUCAACAGCUUGGCAAUACCAAUAAAUAAAAAUGAAAAAAUGCUCCGAUCGCCCAUCUCACCGCUCUCUGAUGCAUCUAAACACAAAUAUUCCAGCGAGGACUUGACUUCUUCCAGCCGAUCUCAUGGCAAUGGUGUGUUUACUUCCUCCUCAUCCAACAAAAAGUCUAAGGCCACCGACAGCCAACUGCAGUCCCAUGCCGGGGACCUCACGAAAGCGACUCACAACAGUGCUGAGCACGGUCUCCUCCACAGCAAGACCCGGCCACAAACAGAGCCCUGGUCUCCAGGCUCCAGUGGCCACAGGGACUGCAAGCGGCAGAAACUGGUCUUCGAUGAUAUGCCUCGCAGCGCAGAUUAUUUUAUGCAAGAAGCUAAACGGAUGAAACAUAAAGCAGAUGCAAUGGUGGAGAAGUUUGGAAAGGCCCUGAACUAUGCUGAAGCAGCCCUGUCGUUUAUCGAGUGUGGAAACGCCAUGGAACAAGGCCCGAUGGAAUCCAAGUCUCCUUACACCAUGUACUCAGAGACUGUGGAGCUCAUCAGAUAUGCUAUGAGACUAAAAACCCACUCGGGCCCCAAUGCCACACCAGAGGACAAACAACUAGCUGCAUUAUGCUAUCGAUGCCUGGCUCUCCUGUACUGGCGGAUGUUUCGGCUUAAAAGGGACCACGCUGUCAAGUAUUCAAAAGCACUCAUCGACUAUUUCAAGAAUUCAUCCAAAGCUGCCCAAGCCCCGUCUCCGUGGGGGGCCAGUGGAAAGAGCACUGGAACCCCAUCCCCCAUGUCUCCCAACCCCUCUCCCACCAGCUCCGUGGGGUCUCAGGGCAGCCUCUCCAGUACCAACGCCCUGUCCCCAUCGACCAUCGUCAGCAUCCCGCAGCGCAUCCAUCAGAUGGCGGCCAAUCAUGUCAGCAUCACCAACAGCAUCCUGCACAGCUACGACUACUGGGAGAUGGCGGACAACCUGGCCAAAGAAAACAGAGAAUUCUUUAAUGACCUGGAUCUGCUCAUGGGGCCUGUCACCCUGCACAGCAGCAUGGAGCACCUGGUCCAGUACUCGCAGCAGGGCCUGCACUGGCUACGGAACAGCGCCCACCUGCCAUAGGGACCUCACCCUGGAGCCCGGCUGUGCUCUCAUCUCCAAGAUGGCUCCAUGUUUCUGGACACUGUGCUGCUGAAAUUCCCAGCCACAGCAUUUAUCAAGCUGCAUUGAACACUUCCUUUGCAUCAAGCAAUGAUCUUUUCCCAGGGCAUGUGUGUAUUUACGUGUGGGUGUAUAAGAAGCUGCCUGUGUACGUAAGAUACACAGUGCUUCAGAACACAUAUUCUUUGUCUGGUUUCCAUAAUCCCAGGCUAGACAAUGUGAUCAGGAGUUCCUGGUUAGAGGAACUACACAUACACAAACACACACACACACACACACACACACACAAUCACACACACUUCCUUUUCCAAUUGCUAAAUCAUGACUUCUCCAAAACUUCAACCAAAAUCUGAUGGGUUAGUUCACCAGGUGCAAUACAGCACACCAAAAGCUUAACUGCCAGUGAAGAUGAACCUGACUCUUAUAUUAUUGAUUACUUUCAGUAUUAAUAUGCUGUUUCCCAAUUAUUUUUGAUGGGUGUGUAUUAACGGGUAAUUGAAUAAUGAAAACAAGUCAGUUAUUUUUGUGCCAGAAGUUUACUAGAUUGCAUGUUACCAAAUCCCCUGCCCUUCCUCUAAUACCCCCUUCAACAUUAUUAUCAACCAAACACAUCGUAAGCAAAGGGAUGGAUUCACACAGCCUUCCCUGACGCCCCAUGUUAUGACAGCGGCACUGGGAUUCAGUGACAACUCAGUGUCUUUAAAAAUCCACACACACGGGAGCAACAGCCACUGUGCUUUGGAGCUGGGCUGGGAAUUUAAAUGUGCACUGUGACAACAAGCCCUCCAGGCACGUGCAUUUCUUCCUCCUGCCACUGUGACUUGGUGGCUGUAGAGCCAUGUGGCUUUUGUCAGCCAGAACAUUUCAAGUCUUUUCUUUCCACGGUAGCUUUCUUGCAAAAUUUCUUGGCCAAAUGGGGACAUUGCCUAGAACGUCCCUUCUCUAAGAGUCCAUCUGCUGCCUAUCAGACUGAGAGCUCUCAGCUGUCCUAAGGCGGUCUGAUUCUCUCUGUGCAGAAUGGGCCACCGCUGGCCUUGGCUGCGUUUUGAUUUGGGGGAUAUUUUUAAUCAGGCUUUGAUUAGCAAGCUGCUUCCCGUGCGAGGGAACUUAUUCCUGCACCGAUUGCCAUUCUGUCUGAGGUAGCACUGCCCAAAGCGUCUUGCUUACGUCUUGUGCAUCUAGUAUGUUUACGUCUUGCCUAUGGCUCUUCUUUUCUUUCUUUCUUUUUUUUUCUUUAAUUAAGUUUACAUUUUAGUUUUUUGACAUCUUGUUUACAGUGUUUUUUUUUUGUCUGAAUUUUGUUUGGUAGUAUUUUUGUCAUGUCCUAGAUUUAGUCUUCUUGUUAAAUAUAUUUGGAUAUGAAAUACUGGUAAACAGAAAAUGACUCCUCAAAGUUAGGGUCUGUCUUGCCACCCUUUAACCACAAAGAGGAUGUCCUUGAGGCCCCUUACUUGACAGAAUUGCACCAGGACAGUCUGAGAAAGACAGGUGUUGCAAUCUAUGAAACAGUCCCUUGUUCAAGGUGAUGGUGGCACCCAUAUGCUAAGACUGAUAUUUUUGCAGGUUUGGUUGCAGUGAUAACAUUUUGUUAGCUUGGUCUUAUGGUGGGUGGGAAAUAAGAUAUCUACAAUUUCUAUGUUCUAAGCCAUUGAUGCAAAACUGGACAAGAGAUUGACCAACUUUGGUGAUUUGAAUUAAUUGACAGUGAGCAAGUGAAGCGCCUGUGAAGUUUGCAUUUGACUUUGACCUUCAAGCACCUGAAAAAUACUAACAGUUCAGGUUGAGCAUUCCUCCUCCAAAAUGCAUGGGACCAGAGUGUUUUAGAUUUCAGGUUUUUGAAUAUUCACAUACACACAAUGAGAUAUCUUAGGGAGGGGACCCAAAUCUAAACUGAGAUUCAUUUAUGUUUCAUGUACUCCUCAGACAUACAGCCCAAAGGGGAUUUUAUACACAUUACCCGAAGGAUAUAUUUUUAGUAUACUUGUGUUUUGACUGAGACCUGUCACAGGAGGUCAGUGUGGAAUUUUCCAUUUAUGACGUCAUAGGGACAUUCAAAAUAUUUUAGACUUUGGAGCAUUUUGAAUUUUGGAUUUUUGUAUGAGGGAUUCUCAGCCUGAAUUUUCAUCUUACAUUUAAUUUACCCAAGUGAAGUUCUUCUUAAAUCCCUUUCACUAAUUGUUGGCAGAGUUCAUGGUCCCAUCUUUGGCUGGAUUUUUUAUUUUGGUACCAGGGAUUGAACCUAAGGGUGCUAUACCACUGAACCACAUCCCCAGCCUGUUUUUUCCUUUUCCUUUAUUCUUUUUUUUUUUUUCUUUCUUUGAGACAGAGUCUCACUAAGUUGCUCAGAGCCUUGCUAAGUUGCUGAGGCUGGCUUUGAACUUGCAAUCCUCCUGCCUCAGCCUCCUGAGUUGCUGGGGUUACAGGCAUGCACCACCACUCCCAGCUGGAAACUUUAAUCCAAAGAAAUAUCUGAUCUUUUUUUUUUUUUUUAAUUCUACUUACUUUGAGUGAAUGCAGAUGAAAAGUUUAAACUUUUACAUAAAGUGGCCCUUGGUAUCUGCCGUGCAUCCCCAGGGAGCUUUCUUGCUCCUGCCUGGCUUUAAAGUUGCAGGCUUUAUGGAGGCACCUCUGAGAUGUGCUUCCCUGAGAAGCCCAAAAGGUGACCUCUGGGUGGUUGAGCUAGCACACGUUCAAGCAGCAGGGUGAUGAUCCACACAUUUCUCAUCAACACUUCUAGAACCUGAUCAUUUGGGGAGAUGGUCAGAGCAUUCAGGUCCUAUCAGUGUCUCUCUUUCCAUCUACAGAGUGUGUCAGGCAGCAGUUCCUAUUGGGUUUGGAAUAGCUGAUUUUGUUAAGGACCCCUCUUCUAAUUGUUACUUCUGAAAUCAUUCAUAACUUGUUCUUUUUCCCUAGUCUGGUUCCAAGUUGAAGCAUCUUUCUUGUAUUUUCUGAUUAUAAAUGUGGUACCUGUUCAUUGUAAAUAUUGAGACGGGUGUGGUGGCGCACACUUGUAAUCCCAGCAGCUCAGAAGGCUGAGACAGGAGAAUAGUGAGUUCAGAGCCAGCCUCAGCAACAGAGAGGUGCUAAGCAACUCAGUGAGACCUUAUUAAAACCCAAAUAGGGCUGGGAUGUGGCUCAAUGAUUGUUGAGUGCCCCGAGUUCAAUCCCCUGUAUCCCAAAUAAAAAAAAAUUGAAACAAUGCAAAAAAGUAGAAACUAGUGUCAGUCUCUGAUUGUCUCAACCCCCUGAGACAACCAUGGUUCAUGGUUCGAUGUCUAUCCUUCCAGAGAGUCUUGUGUUUAAACAUAUAAUGUUUUUUAACCUUUCUUUCUAUUUGAAGACACGUUCUUUCCUCAGAAGUUCAACACAGGUUCGACUGACCUUGUCCGCCAUGACCUGAAUGGGUGCCACCCUUUUAUCACAAUGUUAGAACUGUCUUUGAGAGAGAGCAGCCCAAUUAUUUUCCUGAUCAGACUUUGGCAUUAGUUAAUACUCUACACAGAUCAGACUCAUGUGCAGAAUUGUGCCUGGAGGGAGAGAUUUGGUUAAAACAGAUAUUUCUGGAAACUUUCAAAUUUGCAAAUGGAAACUUGGACCCACUAUCUAAAAAAGAAUGUACUGGAAAAAUAAUCUGAAGAGUUGACAAAUUGUGUGCUAGAUUGAACACAUGGAAUGCAAUGCAAUGAGAUUUUUUUCUGCACCAAAACCUGUACAACAAUGAUGUGUGUAUUAUAUAACAGUGAUGUGUACAUUUCUGACACCCCAUACAUAAUAUGCACAGUUUGUAUAAAUGCAUACAUUUAAAAAUAUAUAUGUACAAUACAGCUAACAUAAAACUGUAGUACGCCUGACGAAUAUUACUAGUGCCUAACAUGGAGUAUAAGUCACUGCGUGUUCAAAUCACCUUGGAAGUGCAGUCAUUGUUAUAAAAAUAAUCAGUGAAGCCAACGUUAUUUAUGAACCACAUCUUUGAAACUGUGCAGUAGCAUAUACAUAUAUAUUUUUAAAUGACAUUUUUCACAGUUUUCCAGAGUUACUGUUGAAAUCUGUAUCACCAAAAGAAAAAAAAAAUGGCAAGAUUUUUUUUAAUGAUGUAGACACUCUUCAGACCCAGUAAUCUGCGUGUGAUUUCCUGUUUGUAGAUACCCAAGAGACUUCAGCGGUCACCAGCCUUAAUGCAUGUACAGGAUAUUAUUGUGACUUAAUUUAUCUGCAGUUUUUAAUCCAUGUGAAAUUGGAAUUUAUAAACGGACUUGGAUUAAAUAUGUCUGCCUUUCUAA